AUGUCUUCACUCAAGCCUAUCACGCUCUAUGGACAUGCCGGACCCAAUCCGUGGAAGGUCGUCAUGAUCCUGGAGGAACUGGGCGUCCCCUACGAGACGGAAAACGUCGACUUCUCCGCCGUCAAGCAGGAGCCCUAUACCCUCCUUAACCCGAACGGCCGUGUGCCCACCAUUGUCGACCCCAACACAAACAUUACGCUCUGGGAGUCUGGUGCCGUCAUCGAGUACCUCGUCGAAACGUACGACAAUGAGGAAAGGCUCAGCAUCUCGAGCUUCCCCGAGAAGCACCACCUUCGCCAGUUCCUCCACUUCCAGGGCACGGGCCAGGGUCCCUACUUUGGCCAAGCUGUCUGGUUCGCCAAGUACCAUCCCGAGGACCUUCCCUCGGCCAAGGAGCGGUACGUCGAGCAGACGGUGCGCGUUCUCUCGGUGCUCGACAAGCUACUGGAGGGAAAGGAGUAUCUCGUCGGCGACAAGUGCACGUACGCCGACAUUGCCUUUGUCAACUGGAACGCCGCGGCCGAGAACGUGAUUCUCAAGCCAGAUUGGGAUGAGAAGGUGGAGAAGAAGUAUCCCAACUUUGUGGCAUGGCACCGGCGGGUUACGGAGAGGCCGAUCAUCAAGGACGUUCUGCAGAGGCAAGCAGCCGGUCGCUGA